AUGUGGCACAAGAUCCUCAAGUAUCGGCACCUUGCAAGCUCUUUCUGUAAGGUGGAUAUUGGUAAAGGAGAAGAAACAAGCUUCUGGUUCGAUGCUUGGUCUGAUUUGGGAAAUAUUUUUGAUCUCGUUGGCCCCCGCGGUCCAAUUGAUCUUGGGAUUCCCUUAACCGCUUCAGUCACCUUGCUUAAGCAGAGAAGACGGCAACGUCAUCAAAAUGACUUGCUCUUGGAGAUUGAAAACGCCUUGUCUUCGAAGCUCACACAUAUAAGACCUGCAGCUGAUGAUAUUUUCUUAUGGAAACAUCGGGAGGGAUACUUCAAACCUCGGUUUGACUCGAGAAACACAUGGCUCCUCAUUCAUACCGCAUCUCCAAAAACUACUUGGCACUCGGGUCUUUGGUUCACUCAAUCUACCCCAAAGUUCUCGGUUUUGCUUGGCUCGCCGUGCUCAACCGGCUUUCGACUGGAGAUUGGAUGCAGAGUUGGAAUACAGCAGCAGAUACCACCUGUAUUCUCUGUAAUCUUGCUCUGGAAUCUCGAAAUCACCUCUUUUUCUCCUGCAGCUAGGAAAUUUGGACAAAGCUAA